GUUGAGAAAUAUUUGGAAGAGACCAUGGAUCGUGUUGUUUCUGCUUUGGAUAUACCUGUUCCACUUGCCAAACUUCUCCUGCAACUGUAUAAAUGGGAUUAUAUCACAGUACUUGAUUUAUAUUGUGCUGAUUCCGAGAAGCUUCUGGUCGACUGCAACAUACAUGCCGGUUCAUCGAAACAGCCAUUGGACGACAGGAUUAGCUGCAUGGAAAACGGGUGCAAUGUGAUUUGCAUGGAAGAUUUUGUAUUGAACAUUUUAAAAGAGAAUUCUGAUCUGAAGGAGAAGUAUGAGCAGUUGCGUUUCAAGGAUUGUGUUGAAUCGCAUCCGAAAUUACGAUUCUGCUCAGGGCCUGAUUGUCAUAUGAUUAUAAUGGCUGAGUAUUCGGCGGCAAAAAAAGUCACCUGCACAAAGUGUGAGACGUCGUUCUGCUUUCGCUGUGGCAGUGACUAUCACGCACCUACUUCCUGUGAAACCAUUCGGAAAUGGUUGAUCAAAUGCGCUGACGAUAGCGAAACGGCAAAUUAUAUCAGGUGA